AUGAACAAGAUCAAAUCAGCCUUCGCCAGAAUAUCUGAUUCCUUGUCCAAGAACAACAACAAGAAGCUCUUCUUCGCUCUCUUGGCUACUUUACUUCUUGUAACCGUCAUUGUCGCUGUAGCAAGCUCCCGCAAGAGCCACGACGACAAUGACGAGUCCUCCACAUCCCAUGCCAUCAUCAAAAGUGCUUGCAGCAGCACAUUGUACCCAGAAUUGUGCUUCUCAACCGUGGCCUCUGAACCUGGCCAUGCCCAGAAAGUAUCCAGUCACAUAAAUGUGAUAGAGAUGUCCCUGAACAUAACCACCAGAUAUGUUCAGAGCAAUUACUUCACCGUCGAGAAGCUGUUAACCCGAAAGGGUCUCACCAAGAGGGAGAAAACCGCACUCCACGAUUGUUUGGAAACCAUUGAUGAGACGCUGGACGAGCUUGACAAGGCCAAGGAGAGCCUCAAAGAAUACCCAUCUCAUAACAAGUCUCUGUCUCAGCAAGCUGAUGAUCUUAAGACUCUGAUAAGUUCCGCCAUAACCAACCAAGUUACUUGCUUGGAUGGUUUCUCUCAUGAUGUGGCCGACAGAAGCCUCAGGAAAUAUCUGGAAGCAGGGGAAGUCCAUGUGGAGCACAUGUGCAGCAACGCAUUGGCUAUGACCAAGAACCUCACUGAUACUGACAUUGCUAAUUAUGAGAAGAAGAUGUUGGGAAGGAACAGCAGGAAACUCAUGGAGGAGGAUGGGAUGAUCGAGUGGCCGGAGUGGAUUUCUGCAUCCGACAGGCGGCUUCUGCAGGCGGGUACGGUGAAUCCUGACGUUGUGGUGGCGGCAGACGGCAGCGGGAACUUCAGGACAGUGUCAGCUGCGGUGGCUGCAGCUCCUGAGCAGAGUAGCAAAAGAUAUGUCAUUAAGAUCAAAGCAGGAGUAUACAAAGAGAAUGUGGAUGUGCCAAAGAAGAAGACCAACAUCAUGUUCGUGGGAGAUGGUAGAAGCAACACUAUCAUCACAGCAAAUAGAAAUGUUGUUGAUGGCAGCACAACCUUCAACUCUGCCACGGUGGCCGUAGUGGGUGAACGAUUCUUGGCCCGAGACAUAACCUUCCAGAACACAGCAGGUCCCUCAAAGCACCAAGCCGUGGCCCUUCGAGUUGGUGGUGACCUAUCAGCGUUCUACUUGUGCGACUUCCUUGCAUACCAAGACACCCUUUACGUCCACUCCAAUCGCCAAUUCUUUGUGAACUGCUACAUAGCUGGCACUGUGGACUUCAUCUUUGGCAACUCGGCUGCUGUAUUCCAAAACUGUGACAUCCACGCUAGGCGUCCCAAUUCAGGACAAAAGAACAUGGUCACAGCACAAGGCCGAGUUGACCCUAACCAAAACACUGGCAUUGUCAUCCAAAAAUGUAGGAUUGGCGCCACUAAGGAUUUAGAACCCGUCAAGGGCAGCUUCCCUACGUUUCUUGGGAGGCCAUGGAAGGAGUACUCUAGGACUGUCAUCAUGCAAUCAACCAUAAGUGAUGUCAUUGACCCUGCUGGCUGGCAUGAGUGGGAUGCGAAUUUUGCAUUGAAUACCUUGUUUUAUGGUGAGUAUCAGAACACAGGGGUUGGUGCUGCCACCUCUGGGAGGGUUAAGUGGAAAGGGUUUAAGGUCAUUACCAGUUCUUCUGAGGCCCAGUCUUUUACUCCUGCCAAUUUCAUUGCAGGUUCUGGCUGGUUGGGCUCUACUGGUUUCCCAUUCUCUCUUGGCCUGUAG